ACGCGCUUAAGGACAAUGAUUAUAAGUCAUUUUCUUGAAGACUCAGCAUAUCAGUAUUUAAACGUGAUAGCUGACAGCAACAACCAAACAAACACAAAUAGAGAAAUAGUUGAAUGAAGAUAAUUCAACAAACUGUUUAAACAAAAAAAAGAAGAGUCCACACAAAGGGCUUAAUGGAAGCUGAGAAAGUAUCAGGCAUUAUUCAUGGUUGUUGCCCCAAUCCUCUCCUUAUACUUCUUGAGCCUCAAAACCAACAGCCUCUUCCUAAGCCCAAAAGCACAACUGCAGCUUGCAGGCACACCUUUGCAGCCACAACAACUUCCUCUUUUUUCCCAAACACUCAUUUUACUAACCAUGAAUCCCUUCCUUCCUAUCAAGAAUCAUUUGCUCACUUCCUCAAAGCUUAUCCUAAGUAUUCCGAAUCUCGCCAAGUCGACAAGAUUCGGAAUCAAGAAUAUUAUCAUCUCUCAGUUUCUAACCAUGUGUGCCUGGAUUACAUUGGCAUUGGUCUCUUCUCAUACUCACAGGUUCAAUCACAGGUUGUCCCGGUCACAUCCUCUUCUUCUUCUUCGCCGUCAUGUCAUGAAUGUAGUAGUGAGUAUCCUUUCUUUGACAUAUCUUGCAAGUCUGUGGAUCUGAAAUACGAGCUAUUACAUGGCGGAGAUGGAUCACCAUUGGAAUCCUGUAUGAAGAAAAAGAUCAUGAAUUUUCUUAACAUGUCUACAAAUGAAUAUUCCAUGGUGUUUACUGCUAAUAGAUCAUCAGCUUUCAAGCUUAUAGCCGAAUCUUACCCUUUCAAAACUAAUCGCAAGCUUCUUACAGUUUAUGAUCACGAGAGUGAAGCAUUGGAGAGUAUGGUCAAUACAUCAGAGAAAAGAGGGGCUAAUAUAAUGUCAGCAGAAUUUAAAUGGCCACGGCUACGAAUUAACUCCGCGAAGCUCAGGAAACUGAUUACAAGGAAGAAAAAGCAAAAGAAAUCCAGGGGACUGUUUGUGUUCCCCCUUCAGUCAAGAGUGACCGGAGGGAGUUAUUCUUAUCAGUGGAUGAGUUUGGCUCAGGAAAAUGGUUGGCAUGUUUUGCUUGAUGCAUGUGCAUUGGGACCAAAGGACAUGGAUAGCUUUGGACUCUCCUUAAUCCAUCCUGACUUCCUUAUUUGCUCUUUCUAUAAGGUUUUUGGUGAAAAUCCUACAGGGUUUGGAUGCCUCCUUGUCAAGAAAUCAGUUGUGUCGAUGUUGGAAGGUUCGGUUAGUACAGGCAUUGUAAGUCUUGUUCCACCAACACAAGUAUUAGAUUCAUCUGGGAGUGGAGAUAAAACCAACUUUGUUACGAAACUGGAUGAGCUACAUAUAUGUAGGUCUAAUUCAGCUGAAAAGGAUAAGAUCAAAGAGGAAUCAGACGAAUCGAUUAGUACACUAGGCAAGGUGGAAGAAAAAGGGAUUGAAUGCAGAUGCUUGGAUCAUGUGGAUUCGCUCGGACUGAUUCAAAUUGGUAACAGAAGAAGGUACCUAGUGAAUUGGCUUAUUAGUGCACUCCUGAAACUUGAGCAUCCAAACAGACUGGACCAUUUUCCUCUGGUCAAAAUCUAUGGACCAAAGAUCAAAUUUGACAGGGGAACUGCUAUGGCGUUCAAUCUGUUCGACUGGAAAGGAGAAAGGGUGGAACCAAUUCUCAUACAGAAGCUUGCUGAUAGAAACAACAUAUCGCUCAGCCAUGGGUUUCUGGCACAUUUGUGGUUUCCAGACAAGUACGAGGAAGAGAAGCAGAGGACUAUACAAGGAAAAAAGUGUGAUGCAGAGAACAAAAGAUGUGAAUUUGGGAUAUCAGUAGUCACCAUUGCCCUUAGCUUUCUGGCAAACUUUGAAGAUGUUUAUCGGCUUUGGACAUUCAUAGCUCAGUUUCUUGAUGCAGACUUUGUGGAGAAAGAACGGUGGAGAUACAGCUCCCUGUAUCAGAAAACCAUUGAAGUUUAACAUACCUGUUUUUGUCCACAAAAUGUAUGACAUUUAGAUGGAAACCUAUAUAUUGUGAAUCACAGGAUAAAAAGCUAUAAGUAAGAAAUGUUGUUGCAUUACGAACAAAAAUUGGUGAUGUAUUUUCAACAAAACGUAAUAACAGGUAGCAUUCUCCUAACAUAUGUACCCACAGUCAUUGCAUCUUCAGCAAUAGCGAAUCAAAAGAGCAAAUGCAGUGAGAUAAAUCAACCAUACAUUUAAUAACAUAUUCACAGCUCACACCAU